GAAAUGACUAUUUAGAGAGUUCUAAACAUCGGGAUCAAGAUACAGAAAAUGGCAGCGAACACGAUUUUGACGUUUGUACACAAGGGAAGCUAUGGCAGAUUGGCGACAUCUGCCAAACUUUUACAGAGUAGAGCAGUCGUUUAUUCAUAUUCUAAAUGCCAUGAGCGAUCAGUUUUUUCAUCUCCACAUAUGCCUCCAAAUCCUACAGUGAAGUACAAAAAGGAGAGAGCUCGAAAAGUUAUGAUCCAGCAGUAUGAAAAAAUUGAGGAAAAACCCGACAAAUACAAGGUAAAACAACCAACCUACACAUAUACAAAGUCAAAGGAAAUAGGCGUCACAACUAUAGGUGACAUUAUCAACCCCCAUAUUCCAUUGGAGAGUGAUGCAAAAUAUGGCUUGACUAAAAAAGAGAAAGUUGAUGCUGCCAGGAAAGAUGUAUUUAAUAGAAUCUCUAAGAUCCGAUUUAUGAGGCACAUCAAAAAGUAUGAUCCAACAUUCAAUCAAAAGGAAUUCCUCGCACAAGCCCAUCAUAUCUACAUACAGGCACAUAAAUGCAUCGAAAGAUUAAGGGAGAAUGAUGAAGAACUGAUGGAUUAUGUGACCCAGCACGUCUAUGGACAAAUGACGAAAGGCAUGAUGGACAAAACUCUCCACUGGGAGUUUGUAGAGUCGGUGGAACAGCCUAAAAUCGUAACAGCUGCUGGGGGAGCAGUGGUCAGCAAGGACAACGCCUUUGGCCAGUUAACAGUUAGAUUCCAUACCUUACAGAAACUCGCCAUCUAUAAUCGAUUUGGAAGAUUGACCUAUGGCGAUAGUGAAAAACCGCGGUACAUGCUGGAAUAUGUUGUGUUUGAAAAACACAUCUCAGACACGGAGGGCAAAUGGAGGAUUGCUGGCAAAGUGACACCCGAGUGGAAAACAAAGGGCUUUACCUUCCUUCACACUUGGAAAGAGGACAAAGAAAGCCUACUGGAGGAAGAACAUGAGCCAUAUGUUAUUCACAGAUUCAAUCCCGAAUACCCUGAUGAAAUGACAGCUCGUGAAGAAACCACUGAUGAACAAACUAACAUUGUGUCCGAAACAAAUGUAUCUGAUAGUAAGGAAACUACAAGCACUGUUUAAUAGAAAUUAAAGUAUAUGAAAAAUCUA